AUGAUGGCAUCGCAAAAAACAGGAACUAUCAAAGAUCGUACAACCAAUUUUAGUAAAGAAGAGACUGUAAAACUGACAUGCCUCCUCAAGGAUUAUUCGAUAAUUACAAGCAAAAGAACUGAUCACGCGAGUAACCAGCAAAAAGAUGCAGCGUGGCGAUCUCUAACAGAAAAGUUUAAUUCGGACGCUGUUGUUUACAGAAAUGUUAAGCAACUACAACAAAAAUUUAACAAUAUGAAAAAAAUAGCCAGAAAAGAAAUGAGUGCAGAGAAAAAUGGUAGGAAACAAACUGGAGGUGGACCACCACCCCCUAAACCAUCAGAGACAACAGAAUGGUUAAACACCAUUAUGGGCGAGUCAAUUUCUGGCUUACCCGCUAUAUAUGACAGUGAUGCUUUAGUUGAUGGUGACACAACGCUUGAAAUGUCAAACACAGCAGAAUGCACCAUAUCUCUAGAUUUAAUGGAAAACGAAAUGUCCGAUGCAGGUGGUACUGCAAAUACUUCCUUAAAUGAGUGCAACAAUUUGUUAAACACAGAAGUAUUGGAUGAUAUUGAGACAGAUGCAGACUCAAAAAAGGUUGAUAUAACGUUUGACAACUCUACACCAAAGGCUUUGCUCAGGAAACCAAUUUCAAAGCAAUUAUCGAGUCCUCACAACAAAAGAAAGAAAUGUUAUACUCCUUUUGAAGCCAGAAAACGUAUCGUAACUCAUUUUGAAGAGAAAAAAAGAGUUUUUAACCGAAAAAAAGAGCAGGGAAGAGCAAAUAAAAAAAUAUGCACAAGAAGAGCACCAGCAAAAUAUUACACAUAA